AUGUCAUCCCCACCGUCAGCAAACUCAACAGCCAGCCUGUUUGCCAGCGCCAAUGGACUCAUUUCUUCCUGGAGGGACUCACUCUCACUCUCCCCUCCAGAGUUCCGACUCAUUCUCAUUGCGUGUACACUCACAGCCGCAAACUUCCCCAAGUUACUCGUGCCACUGGUCCACCAGGCAUUAGCCGAUAUUGAGUCCGGGUCCCUCGUCGUCCCUGCCGUCCCCUCAACUCCCACCGACUCCUCGUCUUCACCGGAGACUCAAUUGCUAGAAACCCAGGUCCGGUUCAUCCGCAGAUUGAGAGAGGGCAUGUUCAAGGGCUCGGUCUUGUGUGGCGGACCUUAUGGGAUCAAUGCUCUGGGAGCCGUCAACUUUGCGUUGAGCCCCGAAUUGUCAGACGCCGUCAAUACGGCUGGUCCUGUGCGCGGACCUCAUAACACUGCCACCCCUGAAGAGUACCAACAGCGUGGACGGGAGUUAUUUCAGACUAUCUACCAACAUCAUACGGAGCCGAUCCUGACAAAGAUUGGUAACAGCAGCAAGGAUCUCGUCGAGGGAAUUCUUCGGGACACUUAUGGCAAGGUCCUCAGCGAUACGACCCUGAUCUCGAUUCCAGAGACAGAGCUGUGCUUGGUCGCUUCCUUGGUCCCGCUCAAUGUCCCGCCGCAACUCAAGAGCCACGUAUAUGGAUCCAGGAAUGUGGGUGUCCCCAUGGAGCAGGUCCAACAAGUUGUCGCCGUUGCAGAGACGAUCACUCAAUGGGCUCACGCCCAAGCGAACAACGACAAGAGUUCUCUGUAG